CCCAGCCCAGCCCCUUCCGCCGGCGCCGCCAUCGGGCCCCGCCCGGAGAUGCAGCGGGGGGUGCUCCCUGAGGUGACAUUCGACGAGGUGGCCGUGUAUUUCUCCCCCGAAGAGUGGGCAGAGCUGGCGCCCUGGCAGCGGGCACUGCACCGAGAGGUCAUGGGCGACAACUACGACCUGGUGGCCAGCCUGGACCCUAACUGCAAGCUCACCCACGUGAAGGAGGAGCCACACGAGGGUGUCCCCUGCGCUAGGGGACACAGUGGAUCUCCUGACACCACCGACACCAGUGCCUGGGGUGGUUCUGACAGCAAGGACGACGCCGGGGGACAUUGGGAAUUGGCGUACGGUGUCCCCCGCUCCGGCUGGCGUGACACCGAGCCGGGGAUCUGCGCCAGGGCACUCCCCCGGGAGGUGCCGGCGGUGUCGGGGCUCCUCUGCAGCAGCCGCGGGCUGAGCUCCAGGGCGGAGGUCACGCUCCGGGCGCACCCGGACCGGCCGUACCUGUGCGGCACCUGCGGCAAAUCCUUCCGGCACCGCCGCAAUCUCCUGGCGCACAAGAAGCUGCGGGGAGGUGCCCGAGCCCAGCACGGCUGCGCCGACUGCGGCCGCACCUUCUGCCUUCGCGGGGACCUGCUGCGGCACCGCGACACCCACCGGGCGUGUCCCCCGGGCCACCGGCACUUCCCGGGCGAGGAGCGGCCCUUCGUGUGCGGGCGCUGCGGCCGCAGCUUCAGCUGGAAGGAGAGCCUGGAGCUGCACCUGCGGGAGCACCGCGCCCCCGAGCGCGCCCACCCGUGCCCCGAGUGCGGCCGCACCUUCUCCCGCCGCGAGUACCUCCGGCUGCACCGCCGGGCGCACUCCGGCCAGCGGCCCUUCCUCUGCGGCCGCUGCGGCCGCGCCUUCGCCUCCCAGGCCAACCUGAGCACGCACCGCAAAACGCGCCGGCGCUGCCGCCCCCGCGACAGGGACUCCCGAGGGGAUGGGGACCUGCCUGGGGACAGGAAGAGGGACCCCUGAGGGGAUGGGGACCCACUCUGAAAC